GGACUAUAGAGUGAAGUCAGUAACCGUAUAUGAUCAAACACAAGCAGGAAAAGGACCGAAGAGGAAGCUGCGUUGUUUUAACACAGCAGCCAUGAGCAACAACUUUCUAUGUGCUCUUCUCAUUCUUGCUUAUCUGCGAUCAGGCAAAUCCAACACGGAUGUAUCUAUCAGUCACAGUCGAUACAAAGAAGGUCGGAAUGUGACCUGCGUUCUUACAGGAGAUGAAAAAAUGACUCAGAUUAACUGGGAAAUGCUAAAAGGCCCAAAUCGCACCAAACUCGGCACGUUUCAUCCAAGUUUGGGAACUCACAUACCACCUGAAUACAAGACUGAAGUUCAAAUCCAGGGCAAAUCAACUCCACAUCCAUUAUCAUCCCUUCUCAUUGAAGCAGCAUUAAAUGAGAGUGUCCAAAUCUGUUGUGCAUUUGUAACAUUUCCUUCAGGGAAACUAGAGCAAUGCACCGACAUCCGCGAGAAAGAAGCCAAUAUUAACACUAUGACUAAAGAUUUUACUUAUAUGAAACGAGAACCGGGGAUGGGAUUUUUGGGACGUUUGGGUGCGGUGAUUAUUGGAUCCAUUCUUUCCCUUAUAACCUUGGUCAUGCUAUUCUUCUUAUGCAGAAAGUGCAACUAUAGAAGGAGGCAAUCGUUUGAAAUAUGUAUACAACUGACAGACACACCUGCUGAGACACAAGAAGAACCAGCUUCAACUUCUCAAAGUUCUUCAAAUGGCUUUGACCCCUCCAAACUUUAUGCUAAGAUCAAAAAAGACCUUUUCUACGGCCGGUUGUGGAAGUCGUACCAAGGCCAACCCAGGGCAUGGACGCAGGAUUCCACGUGUGAUCAAGGACAUGUUUAUCACCUACUAGGACAGAGUCCUUUACCACGAAGAAAUAUGGACAGCCGCUCCUUGAGACCAAAUACAACAUGAUUAUCUAUAAGCAGAAAUAAUGCAUAUAUUCCAGUCUUUGAGUAAAUCAGAGAAUCUUUGCCAUAUGUUAAAUUAAAUUACACAAAGCAAAAUGCACUUGUAUUAUCGCGCGGAAAUAAAUAAAGUAUUUAAAUGCUUAUAUUUUCACUUGAAGACAAACACUCCUUUAGUGUUUCAAAUUUAUAUUAGACUACUACUGUACAGUAUAGUAUAGUACUAUACAUUUAUUCAUACUUCCACUAGUGGAUCACAGCGUCCAAAACAUUCCGUUUAUUGACUCUCCUAUAGGUUCUCUAUUUACUGCUUGGGUUGUUGUUUUCCUCUUUUAUCAUAAUUGUACUUGCCCCCUGGUCAUUCUCAAAAAACAGUGACUUUCUGACUUCAAAAAGUCAAAAAAUGUAAUUCAGUUUUCAUGCCUAAAAUUUGAUGAGUAGUAUUCACCUGCAUGAUUACAUUGUUAACAAUAAUAAUGGCCAAUUUAAAUCUUGUUCCUUAUUUAAUUAUUUUAUUUUACUUAUUAUUUGUCUAGUGUUUUCUGUCAUUGGUGUAACAUCAGUGACAAAUUUCCAUGAAUGGCUAAUUUUCAAAAAUGAUGGCAAUGUCACCUCAAAACUAACAUGAUUAGGCACAUUAAAAUUACAUUAUACCGAUAAACAUGUUUUUUCCCCAAUAAAAAUCCUUCAUGCUGACACAAACCAAAGCAACAUCAAUGACGCUUUUAAAGAUCCACCCCAAAAACCGACAUUUUAAAUAACAUUUCUAAUUUAUAUUAAGGAAAGGGACACUCACCAUGUGUAUGUGAAAUGUUUAUACACCACACAAAAGAGUUAAACAUAGGGAGAAUACAUUUUUCAAGUACAAAUGAAAUUCAAAUUAAUUUAGAAAAAAUGUACAAAACUAUAAAGACUUAAUUAACAAUCAUCAUUAUGAAAAGGUGCUGAGUUGCGUAUUAAUGGCUUAAUCGGGUGGAUUUUUUCAUUUGGAAGCUUUUUACAUGCCUGUAAAGUGUAGGGACAAGUUUGUGAUCAUAUUUUGAAAUGACCCUCACAUCAUUCCAAACCUUUAUGACUUUCUUGUGCAGGACACAAAAGAAGACAACAGAUUUUUCAAGUAGGGGUCUCUGCAGGUCGGAGAAAUGGACUUGUCGAAAGGUGGGGGCGUGCCGAAAGGUAGGGGGCGUGCCCGAAAGGUUUUUCAUUGGUCAAACGUGCUCUUUCUUCUCAAUUUAGUUGACCAAUUAGCGUUAACCACACACAUACGUCAUUUAUUUUAAACAGGAAGAUCGCAAUAAGGUGUGUAAUGCUAAGGUUUCAAAUCGUGAAUUUGUGAUCAUACGCCCUUAAAAACGAAAUAAAAUUUUAUAAGGAAAGUCUGUGUUUUUGCUAAAUUGUUUAAUAAUAAAUUACAGAAGGUAGGCCUAAGUAAUAGCUCUUACUCUUAGAAGCAGCUGUCGUUAUGUUUUAUGAGUCUUUUUCUGCAUGUUUUUGUUUACAUGUACUAAAUCAUAGUUGUACUAAAAUGGUAGAAAUGCCUUUUACAGUAUGACAUGUUGUUAUUCUGUCAUGACACCAAGGAAAGUAAAUUAUGUUGAAUUUAUAAAACGCUAGUGCAGUUGUAAGUGUUAUGUAUUAUUUUAGAGACAUUGUACCACCCUUUAAAUAAUAUUUGUAAUUCACAUUUGAUUGUGACACUUAUCAGCUGUUCCUUAAAUAUCAGUUAUUUCUAAAUAGUUCAAAUCCAAUAUGUGCAUCCCCUGUACCUUCAUUUUAC